GCCGCCCGUUACUAGCCGCUUGUUCUGAGGUUUGGAGUUCGUCGUUGUCUGAGAAGAUGUCUGGUCGCGGGAAAGGUGGCAAAGGGCUGGGGAAGGGAGGCGCCAAGCGGCACCGGAAAGUCCUCCGGGAUAACAUCCAGGGCAUCACGAAGCCCGCCAUCCGCCGGCUCGCCCGCCGAGGUGGUGUCAAGCGCAUUUCUGGGCUCAUCUACGAGGAGACCCGGGGAGUCCUGAAGGUCUUCCUGGAGAACGUGAUUCGCGACGCGGUGACUUAUACCGAGCACGCCAAGCGCAAGACGGUCACCGCUAUGGACGUGGUGUACGCGCUGAAACGCCAGGGCCGCACCUUGUACGGCUUCGGCGGCUGAGCAGUCUCUGCGGCUUUUCGAAUUCAUAAAGGCCCUUUUAAGGGCCCCCA